AUGUCCGACCUGACGCACGCGGCGCUCAAGAAAUUAAUUCACGAAAACUUGGACGUGUUCGCCUGGACACCGGCUGAUAUGGUUGGUGUUCCACGGCACAUAGCAGAACACCGCCUAAAUGUCUCAGAAGACGCAAAGCCAGUGGUGCAUGCCAAACGCCACCUAGGCGACGUUAAACACGAUGCCAUGAAAGAACAAGUGUUAGAAUUGCUAAACGCAGGAAUCAUCAGAGAAGUCAGGUACCAAACAUGGGUAGCAAUCCCAGUAAUGGUAAAGAAACCAAAUGGCAGCUGGAGAAUGUGUGUCGACUAUAAGGAUCUGAACAAGGCAUGUCCCCGUGACUGCUACGCUUUACCAGACAUAGACGAGAAAAUCGAUUCUUUGGCAACAUUCCGGUGGAAAUGUUUUCUGGAUUGCUACAAGGGGUACCAUCAAGUUCAAAUGGCCGUUCAAGACGAAGAUAAAACCGCAUUUCGCACACCAACAGGGUUGUAUUGCUACACCAAGAUGCCGUUCGGCUUAAAAAAUGCAGGCGCAACAUACCAAAGGCUGAUGAACGAAACAUUCAGUGACGCCAUCGGUAAGUACAUAGAAGUGUACAUGGAUGAUCUGGUAAUCAUGAGCAAAGAGGAGAGCGCGAUGCUGGCAAAUAUCCAAAAGACAUUCAACACGCUACGUAGCGUAAGUAUCAAGCUGAACCCAGCAAAGUGCUCAUUCGGAAUGGAAGAAGGGAAGUUCUUGGGCUUCAUAGUCACAAAAGAUGGUUUUAAGGUAAAUCCAGAAAAGGUCCAAGCCAUAGAAAGGAUGCCUUCACCAGCAAACAUCAAGGACAUGCAGAAACUAGCAGGACGAUUAGCAGCACUCAAUCGUUUUCUAGCCAACCACGCCGCAAAAUCCUUCCCAUUCAUCAAAACCUUGCGCAACUGCAUGAAGAAAAGCCAGUUCCAGUGGACCCCGGAAGCAGAAAGUGCGUUCCGCGAGAUGAAAGAUUGCCUCAUAAAACUUCCAACAUUAACCGCACCAAACAAGGGAGAACCUUUGGUACUUUACCUGUCAGCUUCCGACAGGGCAGUCGGGGCUGUACUACUCGUCGAUCGUCAAGGUGUUCAAACACCAGUAUACUAUGUGUCGCGAACCUUGACCGAUCCAGAGACCCGGUAUGCAAUCAUGGAGAAGCUAGUCCUUGCACUGAUCCACGCUUCAAGACGCCUGCGCAGGUAUUUUGCCAACCACGUUAUCCACGUGCUAACAAACUACAAUAUUGGAAAUAUCCUUGCAAGGCCAGAAGUAUCAGGAAGGUUAGCCAAAUGGGCAAUAGAACUGGGAGGUCAUAACGUGGUUUUCAGACCAAGACCAUCAAUCAAAGGCCAGGUCUUGGCAGAUUUUAUGACGGAAGUCCCAGAUGACAAAGACAGAGAAUGUAAAGCGAUGGAGAAAGCUGUGAAAAAGAAAACAGAGGAGCCAUGGCUGUUGUACACAGAUGGUGCAUCUAACGAAGAUGGAGCAGGCGCGGGGCUAAGGCUGGUAAGUCCAGACAAACAUGAAUUCACAUACGCCAUACGCCUGGAUUUCAAGAGUAUAAACAACGAAGCAGAGUAUGAAGCCUUCCUGGCUGGCUUACGAUUGGCAAUCAAAAUGGGGGUCCGACACAUCGAAGCGCAUGUGGACUCCAUGUUAGUAGCAGGCCAAAUCAACGGCCAAUAUGAAGCCAAGGGCGAUAUAAUGGCACUCUAUCUCAACCAAGCGAAAACAUUGCUACAAACCUUCUAUUCCUACAAGGUGCACCACAUAAAUCGAAGCGAAAACAAGCCGACCGAUGCUUUAAGCAAGCUGGCAUCAACAAGUUUCCAGCACCUAGCAAAAGAUGUGCGCAUAGAGGUCUUGAGCAAUCCAUCCGUUCCACUGAGAGAAGUAAGCGUCAUCCAGACAGGAACAACGUCCUGGAUGACGCCGAUAAUCAUGUACUUACAGUCAGGGAUACUUCCAGAGAACAAAGCCAAGGCGCGGAAGAUCCAAUACAAAUCAGAACACUAUCAAAUGGCAGACGGGAUACUGUACCGAAAGUCGUAUCUUGGCCCACUGCUACGAUGUGUUGACGCCGACGAUGCAAAUUACCUGAUCCGAGAGGUGCAUGAAGGAAUUUGUGGUAUCCAUGCCGGGCCUCGAAUGGUAGUGGCAAAGGUGAUGAAUGCCGGAUACUACUGGCCCGGGAUGCAUCUUGAUGCUGUGAAAGAAUUAAGAAAGUGUAGUGGCUGUCAGAGACAUGCGCCAAAGACCAUGCGCCCCAAGAACGAACUAGUACCCGUAACAACCGCAUGGCCUUUCCAACAAUGGGGCAUAGACAUUGUUCAUAAUAGUCGCGGUGGACUACUUCACCAAGUGGCAGACGACCUCGAACGAUGGUUCAAAGAACUCCACAUCGAGCAUACCUUCUCUUCGGUUGCGCACCCGCAAGGGAAUGGUCAAGUAGAGGCAGUCAACAAAAGCAUCGUCGUUGGCAUAAAGGCAAGGCUCGGUGAGAAACGACGAGGGUGGGUCGACGAACUACCCAGCAUACUGUGGGCCCAUAGAACAAUGCCAAAAACAAGAAAUGGUGAAACACCUUUCAGCUUGGUCUAUGGGUCUGAAGUAGUGAUCCCAGCAGAAAUCGGGCUACCAUCUCCGAGAAUGCUCUCCAUGAACCUAAUCAACAACGACGAAGAAAGGAGGAUCGACCUGGACCUCCUAGAAGAACGGAGGGAGAUGGCAGUAAUCAACGAAGCCAAGUACAAGUCGAAGCUGGAAAAGUAUUACAACUCCAGAGUCCGAAUCUGCACCUUCAAUCCGGGAGAUUAUGUCCUAAGAGACAAUGAAGCGUCCAACGCAGAAAAGCCCGGAAAACUGGCUCCCAAAUGGGAAGGCCCAUACAUAGUCGAUGCAGUACUCGGCAAAGGAGCCUACAAACUACGCACCAUCAACGACAAAGAGGUUCCACGAACCUGGAAUGCCCAGCAACUCCGAAAGUGCUACAUGUAA